GUGCUGUCAUAGGGGGACGGGCUUGGUCCACAGUCCCAGGCAGCCCCAGCCAGCCCCACAGAUAAGCCCCCGCGCGUAUCCUCAAUGGACAUUCCUGCUCUUUGUUCGCACACAGUGAGGCAGAGAAAGAGCCGGGCUCGAUAGUCGAUUGCUUCCGUCUCGGGCUCGAAACCAUGGCGGAACAGGGGGAUAAUGUUACCAUUCCUGAGUUUGACACUCUCCUUCAAAUGGACCCGUACCUUAAACCCUACGCGAAGGACUUCAAGCGGAGAUAUGAGUUGUUCCAAAAGCAGCUUUUCCAGCUGGAAGAGGCGGAGGGCGGCUUUGACCAGUUCACACGAAGCUACUGGAGCUUCGGUGCGCAGCGCCGGCCCAACAACAGCCUCUUCUUUAAGGAGUGGGCUCCGGCUGCAGAGGCCCUCUUCCUCACCGGUGAUUUCAAUGGCUGGGACAAAUUCUCCCACUCGUACACCAAAAGAGAUUACGGCAAGUGGGAGCUGAUUCUCCCGCCCAAGCAUGACGGCUCUCCCGCUGUGGAUCACAACAGCAAGCUCAAGGUGGUGGUUCACACCAAGGCCGGUGAGCGCCUCUACCGGAUCUCGCCCUGGGCCAAAUAUGUGACCAAGCCGGAGAAGGGGGUCAUCUAUGAGUGGGUUCACUGGGACCCCCCGCAUCCCUACAUUCACAUCCACCCGCGGCCCCUGAAGCCCACGCACCUGAGGAUCUACGAGGCCCACGUGGGCAUCGCGUCGCCCGAGAGAACCAUCGCGUCGUACAACAACUUCACCGUCAACGUGCUGCCUCAUAUAAAGGACCUCGGGUACAACUGCAUUCAAAUGAUGGCCAUCAUGGAGCACGCCUACUACGCUAGCUUUGGCUAUCAGGUCACCAGCUUCUUUGCAGCUUCCAGCCGCUACGGCAAUCCCGACGAGCUGAAGCAGCUGAUCGACGUGGCGCACUCCAUGGGCAUCGUGGUGCUGCUGGACGUGGUCCACAGCCACGCGUCCCAAAACACGGAGGACGGCCUCAACAAGUUUGACGGCUCCGACUCGUGCUUCUUCCACUCACCCCCACGCGGGGAGCACAGCCUCUGGGACAGCCGCCUCUUCAACUACUCCAGCUGGGAAGUGCUGCGCUUCCUGCUCUCCAACCUGCGCUGGUGGAUGGAGGAGUACAAGUUUGACGGCUUCCGUUUCGACGGCAUCACCUCCAUGCUGUACCACCACCACGGCAUCGGCGUGGCCUUCUCGGGCGACUACAGCGAGUACUUUGGCCUCCACGUGGAUGAGGACUCGCUGGUGUACCUGAUGCUGGCCAAUCACAUCCUGCACAAGCUGCACCCGGACUGCAUCACCGUGGCCGAGGAUGUGUCAGGCAUGCCCGCUCUGUGCAGGGCAGUGGAGGAAGGCGGCCUGGGUUUUGAUUACCGUCUGGCCAUGGCCAUCCCCGAUAAGUGGAUUCAGAUCCUGAAGGAGUUUAAGGAUGAAGAAUGGGACAUAGGAAACAUUGUCCACACGCUGAUCAACAGGCGCUACGGUGAAAAGAGCAUCGCCUAUGCGGAAAGUCACGACCAGGCCCUGGUCGGGGAUAAAACCUUGGCGUUCUGGCUGAUGGACAAGGAGAUGUACACCAAUAUGAGCUCGCUGGUUCCCAUGACGCCCGUCAUCGAUCGCGGCAUGCAGCUGCAUAAGAUGAUCCGCCUGCUCACGCACGCUCUGGGCGGCGAAGCCUACCUCAACUUCAUGGGAAACGAGUUUGGUCACCCCGAGUGGCUGGAUUUCCCCCGAGAGGGCAACAACGAGAGCUACCACUACGCCCGGCGGCAGUUCAACCUGUUGGACACGACGGAGCAUCUGCGCUACCGGCAGCUCUACAACUUUGACCGGGACAUGAACCGCACCGACGACAAGUACGGCUGGCUGGCCGCCCCGCCGGCCUUUGUGAGCGCCAAGCACCAAGAGGACAAGGUCAUCGUGUUUGACAGGGCCAACGUGCUCUUCAUCUUCAACUUCCACCCCAGCAAAAGCUUCCAGCACUACAAGGUGGCCGUGCAGGCGCCGGGCAAGUACAAAAUCAAGCUGGACAGUGACGACGACGCGUACGGAGGCCACGGGCGGUUGAACCACAGCACCGAGUUCUUCUCGGAGCCACAGCCCUUCAACGGACGUGCCCAUUCCAUGAAGGUGUACAUCCCCUGUCGGACUGCCCUUGUGCUGGCCAAUGAGGAGAUCAAUUACUGUUAUUAGAGGCCUACGCACGCACGCACACACACACACACAGAGUCUCAUUGAUGAUAUAAUUUUAUUUUGCACUUUUGGAUGUUGAUGUAUGUUUUCUUUGUGUGGGUGCUGCUUCUUUCCGUGAAGGCUACCUUUACACAUAUUGUCUUGAUGAAUUGCUUAAAAAUGGUUUGCUGUCAGGUUCACUCACACUUUGCGAAGACUUCAAAACAGCCAAAGUUGCUUCGUGGGGACCCUGAAAAUCCGUUCACCAAAACACACCGUAGUCUUGGGCAGAAGCAGCAAAAACCUUUGGGGUUGUGUGAAACUGCUGUCAAACCUCUGAUCAAAA